AGAAACACAAAUAUUUUGCUAAUUUGACAGUUUGUCCUUUUCUUGGAGAAAUACUAAAUUAGUUAUAUUGCACUCAGCGAUGUGAAAUCUUUCGCUUCCUAGUUUUCGAAUAAUUCAGAUUUUAAAUUUCUAUGUAGUUUUUCCUCCAAAAUGUGAUAAUUUACCGAGACGAUUCGGCCCAAGGCUAGGAAAUUUAGUAAGUCUUUUUGCAGUUCAUUUGCUUAUUUGAAAAAAAAUUGACAAGUACUUGUUAUUAUGCUAUGGACGUUGUAUAUGCUGGUGUCAAUUUCCCUACACCUAUACAAUUAUCCAACUGCCAGGCAUGUCCAAUUAUCUAUCAAUUAAGUGUAUAUUGCAUCAAUUACUCCGCUUGCCGGCAACUGCUGGAAAUUCAUGGGGCUCAUUUCGCCAGGAUUAGUUUAACCUGCUUUAUCGUGUUUCCUUGGUGUAAUUCCUUUAACAUGUGCAUGUUAAAUAGAAAGAAAUGAACAGGUUCCUGGUCAUCAAUUGCAUUCACAACGUGGGAAUAUUUCAUGUAACAUUUCUUAUUGAAUAACAGUAAAAAAUAUAUUCACAAUUAGACAACAGUACUCAAUUUUUCCUCGCUUUCCACGUGUUACUUCAGCGGAAGUUUUUUUUUUGUUUGCUCUAUUUUCCAAAUAGCAUUUCAUCAUCAAAAUUAACUAAAACAAUUACAUUCAUUAGCAAAAAUCAUGUUACUUUGGGAAUUACAUCCCCAAUUAUGGAAUAAUCAGCGAAAGAGGGAGAGGGAAAAAAAGUUAAACGAAAUAAUUGUGAGACAUCGAUUAACAUAUAAUCCGGCUUUACUUGAUAAUUAUCAUUCUAGCUGAUUCUCACUAACAUGAAAAUAUUUUAUUUGUGUUUGUAGAGCGCCGCGGAAAACGGUUUAGUUAUGUGGUUCUUUUUAAGCAUUUACAUCAAGCACUUGCCGCGUCUGCCACCGCCGUGCGUGUUAAUGGAAAGAUGCGGCAUCAACAUUUAACGUGAGCUUUGAAGCCAUUCUUCUAAUAUGCAUUCUUAACAGUUUUUCCUCGUCUUUUAUUUGAAGGUGUGGUAUACGGAUAUUAACGUAUCGAUCAUAAAUUACUUCACUGUCUAGUGUUUAGUUUUAUUUUAGAGUUAUCACCCUUUGGCCAAAUUUUUUAAUUUUAUUAGACGUAAUGUCACCGAUGACGAGGAUUCAAGUUGAACGAUGUAAAUAUGGUCAACAUUUUUUUUUUGCACCACAGGCUAGCACACCCGUAGGGCCAUUGAUAUAGAUUAACACAUGUACAUGUGACUAAAUGAACGCCAUUAAUCUUCAUUACUAUUGACAAGUUUUAAAAAAGAUUUCAGGUUACUCAUAGCAUAACAGGUCAAUUAGCUGAUAUAGCCAACGAAAAACUAGGAGAGCACAGCUAAUGAGUUUUUAUGCGUGUCAUGUGCAUGGUAUUCAAAAAAGGAUAAUUUCAUGAAUAUUUAUAAUUAAUCACGUUAGCGGUGAAUUUACACCACGCCGAGUUCUCUGCAUUCAUUUUCUUUGUGGAGAAUUGAAACCCCACUUUUGACAACUGAAAUCUAUUACGUUUCUCGUCCUGAAGUUAUGACAAAACAUUGUAUUCAUAGCUACUUUGGCAAGUACCCUUUAGCGGAAUCACACCAAAAUACUGUUUUCCUGGAGAGAUAGAUAAAUGAAAUAACUUCACUAAAUACUACAGGGCUCCCAGCAGAUAAUAGAGGACAGUGAGAAGGGUGGAUGUUAAACUUGACAUAUGAAAGGGGAUUUAGUUUGUUUAUUAUCAUAUACCGGCAAAUCUCAGUGGUGGAUCAAGCGACAAUGGGAUUCAGUGAUAAUUCAUAAUCACCUGGUUUCAUGACACUUACCUGGGAUUUUGAUAAUGAAUUGGCAGAAUUUGUACCUAGAAAAUAUACACCGGUGUCAUCGUAACAACUAACGGUAGAAUUCACAAACAGCUGACAUGCGGAUGAAGCUUAUAAUUCUUAAGUUGCUUCUCUUAUCAAGAAAAGGAUUUUCUAUUUAAUUCGCAGUGUUUACAUGCUUCUUGUCUACGAACCCAGUAAAACUCAUUUUCAUUGUCUCCCUAAAUAAUGCAGAACUGUGGAAACUGUAAUUAUAUUUGAGUAACUAUGAAGGGUCAUAGUAAUUACAUAAUAGGCCUUUAGGGGACAUCCUUCGGGUAUAUAUUGUCUCAAUCAAAAUGCAUUUACUAUCAUAAGCGCCGACCAUAAGUUGAUGAUAAUUGACUUCCAAUACGAACAGGGACUUUUGAGUGCUAUAUUACCGUACCUCCGAAACCCAACUAACAGGUAAACGCGGGUUUGUUUACAUAAAAACUUCUUUUGAGUGAAACACCCGGUGCUUAAUGUCAUUAUUUAUUUAAUAUAUGAGUUUGUUGUUAAAAAAAUAACCCUCAAAACAACGUGUUUUUAUUACUGAAUCUAUAUUAGGUCUGAAAACAAUACAAGACACAUCAUCACAUUUGCAUACCUGUGUGUGUGUGUACAAAUUUUAUCAAUAUGAUAAACACAUAAAGUCACACCAUAAUACAUAUGAACCUUUGAACGUCUAGAAUGAAAAUCGUACGGAUCGUCUCACUGCAAUAUCUAUAUAGGUAUAACGCCAUGACAAUUUGGCGGGAAGUGUACCGUGGUGUAGGGAAUUUUCCCGCGAAUUAUCGAGAGACCCCUCAUAAUUUUUUUAUGUCAUUAUAAAUCUAAGUACUGCUAACUAUAAUAUGUAAAUGAUCAAAAUAUUUAAUUUGAUUUAAAUACAAAACUUGUUAAUUCUGUGUUUCAUAAGGUAUUUUUACCUAUUUUACUAAAUAUAAGUGAGGGGUACUUUACCAAUGAAUUGUUAUUCAUCGACCAAUCGUCGGCAAUCUACGCGUCACUGACUGAUUUAACUUGUUGAGUGACGUCGCCUCGUGUAAUUAAGCUCCGCCCACUAGCCUAGAUAUACAUAAAUACUUCGUUUGCGCGAUUUGAGCAACAUACAACAUUUAAACAACUACAAGGAAAGACGCAAAACUUUGGAUUGUUAAUUUAGUAAAACGACUUCAACAUGUCGACAGAGCUGUAUCCAUCAGCUUUCUAUGAUGUUGGGGAUUUAAUUUAUAAACAGAAUAAAAAGAAUUUGAUGAAGAACCAGAUGAACGAGAGACGCGCUACGGUCACGGCAGCCACCAUGUCGGCUACUGUUGUCAAAGCUAGGACCAUGUCAACGAAUUCCUUCAUUCCGAUCGGGGGUCAGGUUCCCUUGUCUGUAUCCUCUCCGGGUAGCGAGUCGUGUCUCGUAAACAACCAGGAAUCCCUCCAUCGUAAACUGGACAGAAGUAUGAGUGAACCAGGUGCUACAUUAAAUUCAACCACAGCUAGACAAACUCAAAAUGUGAAUUCAAGUCGUUACAAAACGGAAUUAUGCCGUCCAUUCGAAGAGAGUGGCCACUGUAAAUACGGUGACAAAUGUCAGUUUGCCCAUGGUGCUCACGAACUUCGAAACUUGAAUCGCCAUCCCAAAUACAAAACGGAACUGUGCCGUACAUUCCACACUAUUGGAUUUUGUCCAUAUGGACCUAGAUGUCACUUCAUUCACAACGACGAGGAGAGAAAUCAGAAUGUCAACAAGAAUCACCCCGCAAUGAUGACCGCAUCCACAACAGUUCAGCAACAAAAUAUCCCGUCUCACAUGGACCAGUUAUCUCAGGUUAAGCGCCCAACGAAUUUCAGUUCUAGUUUCAAUGGAUCUCUAGGUUCUAGUUCCGAAUCGCUUUCAUCCAGUGCAAGUGACUCUCCGAGCCUUAGUCCCAUUUUCUGGGGCAACGAUGACAUUUUCAGGGAUAUUUCUUCAUCCUCGCAGUAUUCCAGUAGUGGAUCUAGCAGCCCGGUGUUCGAUUAUUCGGCGGAUCCUGCUUCUUCGUUGGCGGCUAGUCUCCUUACUCCGUUGAAUGUGCAAACCGCCGCCACCGCCAAUCAAAAUCUCGCCUCGGAAAUUAACAUUCUUCAACAGCAGAUCAAUGUUAUUAUGAAUCUUUCUAACCAAUGCAAUAAUAACCCUAAUGUGUUCGAUACAGCCACCACGUGGGAUCUCGCGCGCCCUGCGCCUCAUUCCCCUCCCGACAGCAUUUCGGGGGACAGUCUCGGCAGUGCGUCUAGCUCCAGUGGGAGCUGUGGAAGCAUAAACACUUGUGGCUCUCCGCUGGACGUAAGCAAGUCGUUGCGUCUUCCCAUCUUCAACAAACUUUCUCAUGAUGAUUAAAGAGAUUGAAACAUUGAUAGACUGAACUUCACAUAAAGAAAUCAAAUUUGCCAAAUAGACGGUUUACCGACUCAAAUGCUUGACUUAAGUAAUUGCAGGUUUUAUGUCUGUCUUUCUGUUGCAAGACUCAAGGGAGAAAGCCUUGUUAAAAAAAUUUCUGUUGAAUUUUUUUGUUUGAAUAUGAUACACAAUUCUUGUAUUUUUCAGGAUUUGUACGGAAAGUUUGUGAAUGUUUGAAUGUUUUUGACAAAGUAGUUGAAAUUGUUUAAACUAUGCAAAUUGUUGUUGUCCGAAUUACUAUAACUAGGUCACGCAUGUGAUCUGUGAUUUUUGUGGGAUCCAAUUUUCAUUUUUUCCCUCCAAUUUCAUUCUAAAUCAAUAUCGUUGUGUUAUGUAAACGGGAAUCCAUUGUACCUUUUGCAUGUCUAUUUAUUUUUCGCACAGAUUUGGACAAUUUGUGCUACAUUCUAUGGCAUUUGCAUUAUAUCGAAUCAUCACUCUCCGUUUAACUUAUCAACUUAUUUAAUUCAAACUUUGUACUAUUUCAGACAGUGACUAUUAUUUAUUGAUGCAUCGUCACAGUUAUUUAAGUUCACAAUGUAUGAGAGGUUCUACGGGAGUUAUAUGGAUUGAGAGAAGAAAGUUUUAUAUCUAUAUAUAUUGUUUUUUUAUUUCGUUAAAUUAUGAUACAAAAGUCGCCAAAGAUAUGGUUUAUAUGCACUUUUCAUUCGAAUGUUCAUAAAAUCCAUAUUGUGUAUAAUUCAUUGUGUAUUUAUGGCCCAAGAAGGUCUAUUUUUCAUUUGAAUGCCAAUUAAAUUUAAUGAAAGCUUUAA